CCGAGCGUCACGCUACGGGCACGCUGCCUGCUGUCUCCCUUACCCCCCCCCCCCCAUCCGUCCUCAGGAGGGGUGUCGGUGAAGGUGUUUUUGAGGCAUUUAUUUGGCAAAACCUAUUAUUCACAAAUGGGACGUAACAUAAAUAAGAUGUGAAAGUAUGGUAGUUACAUGCCCACAAGAAAAGGAGAAAAAAAUAAAUAUGAGAAUCGGUCACAUCUGGCACAUGCCUGACGUGCAGUGACACCACUACCACCCGGGCCACUUGGCACACCGCCUGCAGGGGCUGCGCUCAGGCAUCAGGAGCACUUUAAGGCGUUUGAAAGGAAACUCACAUGUCAGACAACGUUCAUGUUAUACUGUUACAGUCGCUAGAAACUAAGACGCCUCGACACGUUUCCUUUUGCCGCUCACCGUGUGUGUGUGUCCAUUGGUUUAGCUAAAAUCUGCCCUUGAUCACAAUUGUAUUUAACUGAUCUUGUACAUAAUGUCUGAGGCUAUUGCCUAAUAAAUUUACCAAACAACAACAACAACCUCGGCAGCAGUGGAACGGCCGAUCAGUGGCGUUCACGCCGUUCAGUAGUAAUGGGCGACACUAGAGUUUUUUUCAGUAAUCAAUUAUUUCGAUUACUUUUGGGGCCAGUAAUAGGUUAGUAACCGAUUACUUUUCGAUUACAGGCAGACCAUUCAUUGACGGAGCACACGACCAGUUUGCCAGAAUAACCUAACGACGUCCGGUAGUCAUGCAGGGAUUAUGACAUCGCAGGUGGCGGCACAUCACGGUGACGCAGCAGUGUCGGGCAGGGCAGGGCGGCGGCCUUGGGAGGGGCAUAGGAGUGCAGCGUUCAGCGUGCAACAAUGAUUCCCAGAUACCACAGUCAAAUCAGCUUAUUUACCGUUGAUAUGCUUUCCACUCUUAUAGAAGAUAUUGAUAAGCGAGUUUUAGAUCAUAAGUUUGAGUGAAUGCCGUUAUUUGUGUGAAUGCGAUAGCUUUGGGGGCAGUAACCGGCAGUGUUCUGAGUACAAUCAUCUUUGGUAACUAUGCGUAACGAGUGCUGGCAGUUGCCUCCAACCCCCAGCCAGCUGACUUGAGGGGUGGUGCUUGUGUGUGGCUGUGUGUGUGUGUGUGUGUGCUGCCAGACGAGUAGGUGGGUGUGUCCCCGAGCAUCCCAGGGAGAACGUGUGUCAGUCUACUUGGAAAGGCCCACACAGUAUAACGUUGUGGGUGUAACCCCAAGCUGACGGGCUGCCUCGUGUGACCCCCAGAGCCCCCUGCGCGGCGCCAUGCUGGUGGAGGCGCUGCUGGCGGUGGUGCUGGUGGUGCUGCUGGUCUUCUACCUUAGCAGGGACCCGCCGGGGCUGCCUCCAGGCCCGCGGAUGUACCCCAUCAUCGGCAGCUUAACAUUUUGUAACACGCUAGAAUCCUGCAGGAGGCUACAGAAAAAGUACGGAGAUACAUUUAGCUGCCGCGUCGGGAGUCAACGUUUUGUCUUCAUGUGCAACUACAAGACGAUCAGGGAGGCGUUCUCGAGGUAUGAAUUCACCGACCGACCCGACUGGAAGUUUCUCAAUUUUCUGUCGAACGGAAAGACAGCAGGAGUCAUCUUCAGCAGCGGGGAGCGGUGGCAAACACUUCGUCGGUUCCUGCUGCGUAACCUCCGCGACCUGGGCAUGGGCACGUCCCGCCUGGAUGACGUCAUCGUGCGGGAGGCGGAGGGGCUCGUGCAGGACUUCAGGACCUACGCCAACAAACCAUCCUUCUUCCCGCCCUCCAUCAACACCGCGGCGCUCAAUGUUAUCUGGCAGCUGGUGGCGAGUCAACGCUACGACUUGAGCGACGCAAAGAUCCAGGAGUUUGCACAUGACGUCCAAAAGUUUCAAGAGUACGUUCCGCUUCUCGCGCUGCCUGACUUCUUCCCGUGGCUGAGGUACAUCCCGCAGCCCCUCCUCCGGCGCCUGUGUCGGGAGGAGGCCUUGAAGGGGUCCGUGAAACUUUGCAGGGAGAUGAUGGAGGAGGCCGUGAGGGAGCACCGCGCCUCCCUGGACCCCGCCAGCCCCAGGGACGUGCUGGACGAGUUCCUGCUGGAGAUGGAGAACCGCAAGGACGAACCCAACUCAGUUUUUAAUGAGCAGGACCUGAUCAAGACCAUUUUUGACCUGUUCGCGGCCGGCUACGACACCACGUCCAACAUGACGCGCUGGAUCAUCCUGCACAUGGCCCACCGGCCCGCGGUGCAGCGGCGCGUGCAGGAGGAGCUGGACAGGGUGGUGCCCCGCGACACGCUGCCCUCCCACGCCCACCGCCAACAGCUGCCAUACCUGGACGCCGUGUUGAACGAGGUGCUGCGCGUGUCCUCCCUGGUGGGGGCUGGUGUGGCUCAUGCCGCGGCGCACGACACCUACCUCGACAGAUACUUCAUUCCAAAGGGAACUGCCCUCGUCGGCUACGCCCACUUCUGUCACUUCGAUCCGAACCACUGGGACGAGCCGGAGGAGUUUCGCCCUGAGCGGUUCUUGAACGAGUCUGGCAAGCUGAGUGUUCCCAAGGAGGCCUUCUUCCCCUUCGGUGUUGGCAAAAGGAGCUGCCUCGGGGAAUCACUUGCCAGAAUGGAGCUGUACAUCUUCGCUGCCGCACUCCUGCAAAACUUCACCUUCGCCAUGCCCGAGGGACGCAGUGUGGACUUCACCCCGCGCCCAGUGCACAACGCCAACAUGCCCAGAGACCAGGAGAUCCUCAUUGUGCCCAGGGACUAACAAUCUCUUCCCUCAUAUGGACCCGAUUGCUCCCGAAGAAACGUUUUUAGGAGCCGCAACCUCUUCUGUUACAGUUGAUUUCGUAUUAUAAAAACGGUCAGCACUAUUUGUCUUGUAAUACCGAUCAGCACUCUUCAUCUGGUCUUGUAGGAAUGAGAUCCGGUGAACUGAGUAUAUAUAUAUAGUCAAAGUUAAGCAAACACUCUAAUCACUAUAAGAGCCUUGAUGUAUUUCUCUCCUAUGCCCUUUGAUUUCUGUUAGUUUUAUUUUUCAAGACUUUCUCCUCCCAUUUUCUGCUGCUUUGUUGUGUGUUGCCCAUUUCGAGAAAAGCUCUGUGUACUUGACUUAAUAUUGUAUGUCUAUAAUAGUGACGUGGCAGUGUCGUAUGUCUGAGGCCCACAUUCUCUAUCAUUUAGGGGCUAUACGAACCCGCAUUUGGUAAGGUUUUCGUGGAGGUUGAAAGGGUGUGGGUACUUCCGUGGGUAUAUUUAUAAGGCUAGGGAUAGUAUGACAAGGCUGUACCAUGAACUUUAAAAGCACUCUUGAGAAUCCGACUCAUCUCUUUUUCACACCCGUUGGCCUGCGCAGAUUUUUUCCUUGCAGGCUUCAGUCCAGAGAUUAAGUUUGUGAUAUGUAUGAAUAUCGACUUCAGCGGAUACGAUGAAUUGGCCAUCUAUAGAGCAGUGCUGUCCAAUCUUUUUCGCCUAUUAUACCCUUUAUUACCUUCUCCUACUGAUUAAACUCAAUUAUAUUAUAUUUAUAUUAUAUUAUAUUUCGGUACACGUGCAUUACGCGUCCUUCAUAAAACAUGGGAAGUUUCUGCAUUGUGUGUGUGUGUGUGUGUGUGUGUGUGUGUGUGUUCAUGGUCUUUUCACGUAGCCUACCCCUUUGAUCUAUGCUGCGUAGGACCCCCAGGGGUACGCGGACCCCAGUUUGGACAACACUGAUCUAGAAGGCCAUGAUACGAUGCCAAGGCACGUGGGACCGUGUAUGUGUGUGUGUGUGUGUGCGUGUGUGUUAAUAAAAAAAUCUGAUUUCA